UUAGGUUUUCAAUCGCCCCUCUCACAUUGCGCCGAUGCAGUUCUGCCUACGCAUUGUUAGAAAUCGCAUUAUAAACAUGGAUUGAAAACGCAUAAAUAGUGAAAGGAACUGUGAAAUCAUUGAACGAAAAAUGGUUUCGUAUUCGUCAAUCAACAUUGUUGAUGUUGUCAUUGAUGAAAUUGCCCUCGAAGGUCUGGAUGGGAUCACAUUGGAAGCGUUAUGGCAGCGUCUUUCGUUAAGGCUUCACGAUCCGCUGCCGUUGUCCAAGCCGUUCAUGGAACAGGUCUGGUCGAUUUGUCUGGAGGUAGACGGGCUUGAUUAUUAUAAAUUACAAACACCGAGGAAUAAGCUGAUCAUAUUCGACAGAUACGAACACAUCGAUCCUGAUCUUGGCACCAUCUUAGAGCCUGAUGAAGUUCCUGAAGAUAUCUAUUCCCAUUGUCCAAUAGACGAUGUAAACGCAGGAAUUAAAGGAUCCUGUUCAACUUACAAGAGUCGAAAACAAAUCGGUGAAUAUGUUAAAACGUUGUCUGUUCACCAGGCAGCUGAAGAGUUUGGAGAGAGUCUAGUCCUCGUGGCUUCACAAGAUAUUCGCGAGCAUGCAUUGACUGGCAACGGAGUUUGUCCGACUUUGGAAUUGACCGUGAUGCAGUAUUGCUUUUUGGAAAGAGUCGGACGAUCUCGUUACCAGGGAGAAGUUACACAGGGUAAAAUCAGUCUUGCUUCGCUGAAAGAGGAUCCAAAAUCCCUGUUUUAUCACAGAAAGAUUUUACUUGAUCAUAAAUUAAUCACCAAGCAAAUACACCAUCAAAAAACCGGCGGGCACAGCUGCAACGGCAGCCUGCUUCACCUGCCACGUUUUUACGUCGAGAGAAAGCCAAAAAUUAUUUAUCUGGCGGAGAAAGUGAUCGAGAUAUUAAAAUCUAAGGAAAAUUGCGUCGCUGAGUAUGACGAGAUAAAAAAGGAGCUUCAGAUAGAAAAUUCAAUUAAGAAACUAUUCCGAACCAAUUUCUUCCUCAAAGUUGUAAAAACUGACUUGAGGGUGCCGUACAGAACUGUGUAUCCAAAUGCUGAGAAAAAGGAAUGGCAGCAAAAGAACAAUCCAACCAAAGAGAAAACCGUGAGAGUUGUACAGCUUCAGGAUCCAGAAAUGGACGUUUCUGAGCUGUGGGGAAAGGAUGAAAUUAUCGAUGACGAAGAACCCUAUGAGCUCGAUAUAUCGCAACUGAAGUUGAACGUUCCAUUGUUGAAACAAGCCAAUAGAAUAGUUGAACUCAGCGGUCCUGAGGGUAUAUCGCAAUGCCAACUAGCCAAGUGCUUGGGGCAAACAAAACUUCAAGCUCGCACGAUGCUUAGAAACUUAGUUAAACUGAAGAUCGUUGCCACUUACAUGAACGACGUAGGCAGGCAGCGGGUUACCAAGUUCGUUUCAAAGAGGUUUGAGAAGACUAGCGAGAUGAGUAAACAGUUUGAGCAGGAAAUGGACAAAAUUAAAAAAUUGACUAGAACUAUCGAUAGCAAUAACCAAAGUCACAAUGAUUCUGUGAUUCCCAAGACAAUAGUCGAGCCGAAAAGUAUACUGAAAACUGAAACUAAGUGUGUUACAAUAGAAAAUCCAGCAGAAGCGGAACUCAGCAAAAGAGUUUCCUCCAGUGACAAUGUAAAUGUAGAGGAAAAGCUUAACGACGAAACUAAUUCCAAAAACGUUGAUGAUUCGUCCGUAACAAAGUCUGAUACACGUGAAGAAUAUCAGAUCAGAAUAAAAUUUAGAAUUGUUAAUCAAUUGCUGUUGAAAUAUGGCUUGACAAAGGUGAUGAAGAAGUAUAAACGAACGUUUGUUAAUAUUACAGAACGAGAUUUGUUUUCACGUUGUCGAAAAUCCGUCCUUUCUCAAGCUCUGUCUGUGAAAAAAGAUCAGAAAUCCGUCGAUAGAAUGAAGGAGCAAGUAUUAGAAGAAAAAAGCACAAACGUACUGAACUCUGCAAUAAUUGACCAAAAAGAAGUGAACGUGUUGUGCGAUAGCAUAGAAGUUAAAUUAGUCGAGCAAAGACCUCAGCAUCGUUUGGGAAGACCAACCAGUCAAAUUAUUGGAUUUAUGGAAGAACUGGAUUUGAAUGAAAAGAAAAAUAUUUCUAGCAUCACGUACAGGCUGCUUAGAAGAGCUAAUAUGAUCAUCGAAGCUGUUAAAGAGCACAAAGUCAUCGAUGAUCUAACAAAAUUAAUUAAGAUGAUAAACGAGGAGGAGGACAGAGAGGGAUACGACGUCAAGAUUGACAAAAAAUCGAUAGUCAGACUGUUGCAGAAGUUGGUCAAAGAUAACGUGGUGAAGAACAUCAAACUCACACUCAGCAACAAGAAUAGAGAGAAAAAUAUAACAUUCAUUUGCGAUCCAGCAAUUGGUAUCGAUCACUCGAUAAUACAAUCUGCGGUCGAACAAGCAAAGAUCAAAUUUUGUCUAAUUGGCUCUCAGAAAGUGAGAGCAAUUAUGCAGAAACAGGCUAAGGAAGAUGAAGAAAGUGCAAAACUAUCGGUGGAGGAAACGCAGGGAUUGGAGGCUUUCAAUCCUUCUAAGAAUACAAAAUUUGCUCCUGUUAAUCUGAAAUAUGACUUUAAAGCCGGUAAACGCUACGGAUACAGUCCAAAAUUUGUCCGCAUGAAGGAAUUGCAUUUAUUUCUGUUUUACUCAAUCUACGAUCAUCCAGGUGACACCACAGUUCACAAGGAAAUUCAAGUGGCUAAUCUGCGAAAUUCCGGAUACCAAAUUGACGCCAAACUUGAGCAGGAGAUGAGUACAAUUUACAAUACCGAAGUUGGAUGGAAAAUGUUCAUUCCCCCGUUGACUAGGCAUGCAGGGUGGCCUUUGGGAUGGACAAUAAUGUGCGACGUCUUGCUCCGCAUCCCGUUAUCCAUCUUCGUGAAAGUCCACAACGUGCCGUACUUCAUACCUGAACUGGAAACCUAUCUGAAUCACCCGAUCAGAAAGCAUUUUUUAGUAAAGAAUUUGCCGUCUCAGAUACGAAAUAUCUUGCUGAUGGCCCGUAAAUACAUAUACAACAUUCACGAAUCUGUAACAAGACUCUGCUACAUCGGCCUCUUGCAAUUCGGUCAUCAAAAAUUAAAAGAAAAAGACCAAGUCUUCAUCUACUUGAAUCGUCGCAGUGAAAUAACCGAUACAACUUCCUCAGCGGUUGGUUAUCACAAGGUCGAGGAAAAGGAGUAUCCGAAAACGAGCUACGUCUUCGACUCACUGCAAGCUGUGGAGAAGUAUUGGUACGAUAUGUGGAACACUUGCAUAAACACCUGUUUGGGCGGUCGAGCAACGGUCGAGGGUAAAGACAUUCUGCUUGAAGAUUUGAACAAGAAAGCUGAUAUGAUAAAAACGGCCAAGGCUCGCAAUCCGGACGAGGCUAUCGCUUUGGAUAUUGGGGUUGUUCCUGGGGAUCGAAAGGGAGCCGCAGGUGUCGACUCGGCGUUUUUUGCCCAUCUUAAACGUAAUUGGAAUUGGGGAGCUUGGUUCAGCAAUCAGCAAUACUGCAGAGGCGAGGCAAGAAAGAAAAACGAGCAGCAGCGAACCGCGCGUUUGUCAAAGAUAAAAGCAAAGCCGUUAAAAUUCACAGAGUUCUCAGGAUUGAAAAAGGUCACAGGUCCCGCUACUCAGCACGCUAACGAAAUUCGCAAAAAAAUACACCAGAAACAGAAAAUAUCCGACGAACGCAGGUCCAAGAAACAAAAGUACCAGUUACUCGUCUCUCAGCAUGUUUCGAGGCAAAAGUCGUUUGUUCGAACGGUUUUGCCUCGCAAACGAAGCGUCAGACCUAGAGUGAGGUACGACGAGGUGGACUUCUGCGCCCUGCAACAGAUGGAUAAGCUUCGAGUUGACUGGAGUCCUCACGAAGAUAACAUACUCCUGAUGUGCAAGGUGGCGAUGAAGUAUCUUUGCCCGAAUCCGCGUAAACAAAUGAUCAAUUUCACGGCUGUGCGCGAUAUUCUUCGUACUUAUUCCACCCAAUCUCACAAUAAGACCUCUCGCGCUUGCCAGCGCAGGCUUGUCUAUAUGUUCAGAAAAUCGGAAACGGUGAAUAGCGUGGCGCUUGGAAUCGAGGAGAUAAAGCAGAACUUUUACAUCAACAAACGCUUUGGAGGAAUCGUCGAAAAGCUGAAAACCAAGUGCGAGGAUCCCUACGAGUACGAGGAACAAGUCAUCAAGGUAUUCAAGGAACUCGUCAAGUACAUCGACAAGCGAUACUACAACUUGAGCGACAUGGAGUCCAGGGGAUCUGUUCCAAUGCCUAAAACAAUCCAGGAAUUCAAUAUGGUGUACAAAAUCAAACAGCCGACGCAUCAGUCCAGUCUGCAUGGUUUCACCAAAGACGUCAGGUAUAGAAACGAGAUAUACUUGGCGACUAUAAAUUCAGUCAUUCACAGCUCAAUGUGCUGCGGCAAGGACAAAACUUCGUGGGCCUACGAAUUGUUUAAAGUUUACCAACAGUAUCCAGAGACUUUGCUCCGCUCUGCUAUGACUAAGAUCAGAAGCGACCAAAUGGUAUCGAUGAAAAAAAGUUACAUGUGCGCGUUCAAAAAGCAUGGAAACUACAUGCCCAUGAGCAGCUCUCAGUACCAAUUAAGCACUGGUUACACUUACAAAUUUCGAACCAAGUGGCCGUACGAAAUAUUCCACGAGGCUCGUCACAUGAUAGAAAAGUUUCUACACUGGCAGCAUGAGAAUCAGUUGGAAGAUCUUGGUUACGCUGUUCCUGAUGGCGUUGACGGAAUUGAAGCUGGACCUGUGACAGGAGGCCUUGUCGUUGGCAUCCACGAUUACCUGACCAGGGGUCAGCUGGAUUUUGACAUAGAAAUCCCAGAUCAAAUAAUAAUGCUCGAUCCGAGAUUGAAAGAGAAUGACGAAACUUAUAUCAGAGUUUUACGGCGAUACCAAGACAUUCUGGUAAGUUUGGAUCAGCUGAAUUUGAAGAAGAAACAGGCGGUUAAAACAAAUUUGAUCGAUCCUGAGGUCGAGGAGGAGGAUGAACUGGAGAGAAGGGAGCUGGAGGAUAAAAUAGUAAAGGAGAAACGGGAAAAAGAGGAUCGCGACAGGUGGAAUUAUUGGAAGAGUAGAAACGACGAGAUAAGUAGGCGCUUGGAGGAGACUGAAAUGAAGGCACAGCGUGAAAAGGAAGACAAGGAAAGAAGCUCGAGGAGGGAGGCGUUCGACAAAAAAAUGAAGGAAAGGAAAACCAAAUAUGCCCAGGUUCUGCAAUUGGGCGAGGAAAAUGUUUCCGAGGCGAUCGUUUCAGAGUUUCGAAAUCCUGUUGACGAAAAUGCGGAGACUGACACUGAUCCGGAUGAAAACGAGGUGGUAGACGACGACGAGGACAGUCACAUCAUACGGUUUCAGGAUGGCACAACGAUCACUCUGAGCAAGGAAGACAUUGAAUCCGCCUCGUGGAACUCCGACGAGGAGGACUCGACGUAUUUUGCUGAAAAAUCUACUUCAUCCUUGCCGAUGAAGCAGCAAAGUCCGCCUUUGAAACGAAGCAGAGAUACUACCGACGAGGAAUCCUCGGCUAAAAAGAGAUUCAAAGCUGAAAAAGGUGGGGCAUCAGAAUAUAAACAUUGCCAUGUACCUGAUUCUGGGAUCGAAAGUUCUGCAAAUAGUUUUAUCAAAUCCCAUCAAAUUGAUGCUCCUCUACAGAGUGACGGGACUGCUCUUUCAACUAAAAGGAGAAUAGCUGAAGUAGACGAAAAGACUAGACUUGUAGAAUCACCGAAGCGUGCACACAUUGAGGAAUCCUCGAACAAAACUCCAGAGCACGCGAAUGAGGGUGAGAAUAUCGAAUCUCAAAGUGAAGUCCGAUACAGUCCUGAUAUUAACGGGAAAGAAAGAGUCGCUGAUACUGUAAGCGCACAGUCGACGAACGGUACAAGAGUAAAUGAUUUAAUAAGGAAGAUGUACAAUCAGCUUGGAGUAGAUUGGGGAGAUAUUAAGAUAGAGGAUAUGAACGACAUGCAAAAAAGGUGCACAAGAAUUGCGCUUCUAUUGAUGAGAGAAGAAAAUGAUCUUGCAGUAACAGAUAUUUAUCACGCUCAUGAUUAUUUCGUCGUCAAUACUUUUAAAAUUUUUUGCUCUCUAAAGUUACCUCAUACCAAAGAAUCAAGGAGCCUUAAAUAUUUUGACAACAUGGAAUUACCCACAGACAUUCUGCCAUUGGAACAUCAAUUGAUUGACGAGUUGAUAGGGGAUUUGAAAAAAUUCGCACUGUUUCCUAAAAAUCAGGUACCGUUUGAGGAUUUCCUGACCACUGUUGGAGAACAAUUAGAAGUAAUUGAAAUUGAGGAUCUACGCGCAGUCUAUCAGUAUUUGCAUGACAAGAGGGAAAUCGGAGCAACUAAUAAGCAAAUUACAUCUGACUUCAAAAGCACAUCCAAGAAUCGACUGCAUCGUGCGUUAUCUUUGCUAACCGAGUAUCGUUUGGUCCUUCGUUCUGGUGUCACAACGACGCGGUAUAUACAUCAAAAGUUUACCGACCCUUGGAUGAUAAAUUCGAUCAAAAUACUUCGCCUGGACAAAGAAUCUUUGUCACCUGUGUCCGAGAGAAUUUUACUAACUACUGAGAAAGAGAACGUCGCUUCGGCAACUGAUGAUGACUGUUUGGCAAAAUCAGAGAAUACACUUCCCACUGUAGCUGAAAUCCAAAUCACUGGUGAAUCAUCGAACGUGGCAGGCUUAGAUGAAGCUUUUUUGCCAGAUAAAAUCGAGCGACUCUGCGGAAAGACAGAAGGCGAGGAAGAUGCUACAAGUGGUAGCGAUCAAACACUCGAUAAAAAGGGUGUCAAUGAAACGACCGGUAAUGUAGCGACCACACGCAGAAUGAGAAAGAGGACGGCCUUACUUCAACCCAAGGAUAUUCAAAAAGCAGCAAAGAAACUUGACUUCAACACAGUGGAGCCGAUAAAAGUGGUAAUAAAACCAUGGAUUCGUAUCGAUGGAGUUCUUAAUCGGCGUGUUUUGGACCGGAUGCUGGGUGCAGUUUUAGCUUACUGUAUCAAUCAUCCAGGCAUUACUCUAUCGAAAGUGCAAAAAAGAUUUGUUCCAGCCUUGCAGCCGUUUCACAUUACCGAAUUAGUCGAGAUGCUCCAUAGACUGAAAUGCGUGAAAAUGAAAAUUCUGCAUAAACCAAAGGUCACGUUAUUUUCAAAGCCAGCCAAAAUAAGCCUGAACCCAUCAACUGGAUUGGAUUCAGAGGAUGAAACGAUUAUUGAACCCGACAUUGAUGCAAGUUUAAAAUUUGGCAUGUUUUUAGGGAACAAAACUUACAGCAUAGAGUUUUUACCAUAAGUUCAUAAGUUUUCGUUCAAUAGGAUUAAUUAUAAUCGAUCAAAUAUGAAAGUCAUUGUGUCAUAAGUUACUUUUUACCUGUAAGGACUUGACCACCAAAA